AUGUCAAUCACCGAUCCACCACUUUACAAUCUCAAUAAUCCCAUCAACAAUCAUCCAUUCUUAAUCAAUCUGACGACUCUUUCUCCUACUUUAUCAUUCUUAAGUGGUUAUUUAGGUGUCACUCCUGCUUUUGUUCAGGGUGAACUUCAACUCAAGAUCAUCUCAACUUCAAAUACAUUUCUAAUCACUCAAGUCUCUCUAACCUUCUCUGGUUUAGAAUCUAAUCAUCAACUACAAUCAAUCGAUUUCCUUCAACUACAUCAAAUCUUAUGGGAACAUCAGACUACACAUCAUCUUCUCAACCAUCAUCAUUCAUCUCAACCUUCAUGCUCAAAUACUCCAAAUCAUCAUUCAAAACCACCUUCAAAUUUACCUUUUCAAUUCUCACUCACUCCUGAUUUGCCUCACUGUAUUCAUUUACCUAACGGUGGUGGUCUUCAUUAUGAACUUGAUGCACAUAUCACCUAUACCAAUUCUUCUCAUCUCUUGACCAACGAUCAUCAUCAACCUGAUCAUCUACUCGAGCAUCUUCACCUCAAAGUUCCCGUACACAUUUCACGUUAUUCAAAUCCAGCUAUUCAACUUCUUCCACCUCCAUCUCCGCAACCCCUCGAUCAAAACCAACAACCUUUUACGCUAUCUCCUGUCAGACUUACAAGCUUAUCACCUACACCUAUUUACGUCUCUUUGUCUCAAACCUUACUUCGCCACUCUGAACCACUGGCACUUCAAGUUAGAAUUCCACCUCCAACUGAAGAAUUGAUUCGUGAAAAAGGACUUCGGCUACGAAGUGUCCGAGCAGAACUACAUCAACACAUUCGGAUCCAAUCCUCUAUUGAUCAGGAGAACGGCUCUUCAACUACCGAAAGAUCCUCUACUGGAGCUCCCCCUUACGACGCUUCAUCAGGUUCUACAAACCCAGAAUCGACCUCAGAUGAUUCAUCAUCUUCAAGUAACAGAGUGAUCACGAGUCUUUUGGCGAUCUCUGGAAAAUCAUGUCGUUUUUCAUCAACUCGAUCAGUUUUUCUUCGACUCACACUACAGCCACAUCGCUCUGAGCUUACGCCUGUCCCAUCUUCAACGACUGAUGAGAUUUCACCUGUUAAUAUUCCUCAGACUACAACAUCCGGUUGGAAGUGUAAUUCGAUCAGUCAAUCUACCUUACUUCAUCAGGUCUCAUUUUCGGUGACCAUCACAAUUCAAAUCUCAGGUCGAGGAGGUGAGAGGUUUGAUGUCGAAUUGAAUCAAGCAAUAGGCGUAGUACCGGAUUGGCCUCCUGUUUCAGAAGAUGAACUUCCAGCCCCUCUCACCUUAGCAGCUAGUGGAAAAGCACGAGAGGCAGCUGAAGAACAAGCUCAGUCUAGUACAGAUCAAGAAUGGGAAGAAGCACCAGCUCCCACUUAUUUUGAAACGGACGAACCGUACAACUUUCCUGGUACAUCUUCUACAUCUCAAACAAUACGAGAGUCACAUACUGAAACAGAGGAGGAGGAAGAAGACGAAGAAGAAGAAGAGUAUGAUGGAUAUGAAAGUUUUUCAAGUCUAGCUGGACAAGGAGGCCCAGCACCACCUACGAUAGAUGAAGAUGAAUCACCACCACCUGCACCUGAUACCCCACCUGAUGGAAUCCAACUAGAUCCGACUUCCACCGAUCCUUCAAGUUCUGUGAACCAAGGAAGUUUUGAAUUUGUUUGUUUUGAUGAAGCCACAGCAAGGUUUGGAAACUAUGUAGUGAAUCCAUCUCUACCGAACCAUUCUACUUCAAGUGAAAGCAUUGUACCGACUCAUCCGAUCGAAACUGAAACCGAAACCCAAAAUGGUACGAUGCCACCGGCUUAUGCAGUGGGAUGGGCGAGUUUGAAUGCCAGUAGUAGUAGAAGUGAUCAAGAAUCAAUCGAAUCAAAUCAAGUGAAUGAAGUGGAAGUUCGAAAUCAUUUGAAUCAUAACCAGAUCAGUGAUAAUAAUCUUAAUAAUCUAAGUAGUGUGAAUGCUCCUCCACCUUAUGCUGAUGAUUUCGGUAGUCUUUUGAUUCCGGUGGGAUCGAUUGGUGUGGUAAGACAAGAUGGAGAAUUAGGUGGGUUUUUAAUGAGAAGAGAAGGUUUGUAAAACCAAAAAAAAGAAAAUCAAGAAUGAAUUGAAGUUGAAUCCCACCAAAGAAAAAAAAGUUUGGGAUUCAUGAAUGAAUGAUCGAAGAUGUGUUGUUUGUUUAAAUAUUUUUGAAAAAAAAACAGAAGUGGGUUUCUUGUUGAUUGGUUAUUGUUUAUGGUUUUGAUUAUUUAUAAGAAAGAAUGUGAAUUUGUCUUGAAAGAAAAAAAUAGAGGUUUUGUGUUUGUGUUUGUUUGUUUUUUUACAAAGAAAAAUAGUAGUAGUAGUACAUAUAGUAGAUUAAGAUGAUUGGGUUUUGAUGAUUUAUUAAUGGUUGAUUUCUUACAUACAAGAUAUAUAGUAUACAUAUAAUAAUAUAAUAUUGAAAGUGUUUUUUUUGGUGAGAAAAGAAAAGAUUGUAAAAAAUAAAAAGAUCAAGUUGUUGCAAGUUUC